CCAAUUCCCUCCGUCUCUCACAAAAACACACACAAAACCCUCUUCACCAAAAAAAAAAAAAAAAACAAAAAAAAUGGCAGACACACUACACCUUCGCGGCACAAUGCGAGCACACACCGACUGGGUGACAGCGAUCGCGUGUCCAAUCGACAACUCCGACAUGAUCGUGACGUCAUCUCGCGACAAAUCCAUAAUCGUCUGGCACCUAAACAAAUCCGACAAAACCUACGGCACAGCUCACCGCCGUCUAACCGGCCAUUCCCAUUUCGUCCAGGACGUCGUUCUCUCAUCCGACGGCCAGUUCGCUCUUUCCGGCUCAUGGGACGGCGAGCUUCGUCUCUGGGACUUAAACACCGGGACCACCGCCAGACGGUUUGUGGGUCAUACAAAAGAUGUCUUGUCGGUUGCUUUUUCAACCGACAACCGACAAAUUGUGUCGUCUUCUCGUGACAAAAGUAUAAAACUAUGGAAUACUUUAGGUGAAUGUAAGUACACAAUUCAAGGAGGUGAGGCCCAUAAUGAUUGGGUCAGUUGUGUUCGGUUUAGCCCAAAUACAAUCCAGCCCACAAUUGUAAGUGGGUCAUGGGAUAAGAAUGUUAAGAUAUGGAAUUUGAGUAAUUGUAAACUGAAAGCGAAUUUAUCGGGUCAUAAUGGGUAUGUGAAUACAGUUGCAGUAAGUCCAGAUGGGAGUUUGUGUGCAAGUGGGGGUAAAGAUGGAAAUAUUUUGUUGUGGGAUUUGAGUGAAGGGAAGAAAUUGUAUUCGUUGGAUUCGGGGAGUAUCGUUCACGGGUUGUGUUUUAGCCCGAAUCGGUAUUGGCUUUGUGCGGCGACUGAAGGGAGUAUUAAGAUUUGGGAUUUGGAAAGUAAGAGUGUUGUUUGUGAUUUGAAAGUUGAUUUGAAAACGGAGAGUGAUAUGGCUGUUGAUGGCUCUUCUACUGAGACCAAUGCUGGCAAAACUAAGGUUAUCUACUGCACAAGCCUAAGCUGGAGUGCUGAUGGAAGCACACUCUUCAGUGGAUAUACUGAUGGAGUAGUGAGGGUUUGGGGCGUUGGUCGCAGCUACUAAACUGCAUCUUUAAGAAAUCCGCAUGCUGCUGUAGGUACCAGAAAGCUAUUUAGGUCCAACUUCAUGUUUUGGUUAUUAUGACUUUUGGAGUUUCAAUUUUGGAGUUUAGUAUCUACUAUCUGUUAUUUUCUUUGUUACCAAGGAAAAGAUAUGUUUGCUUAAUUUUGUAGUUCUACUAAUACGUUUGGUUUUCUGACUUUUGAUUUCGACUUUACAACUGCACAAGGUGUGCUAGAUGCAUUAUGCAACUUCUAUGUUUGGUUUUA